CGGGUGACGGGGUCUGCUGUAGUCGCUCGCACGUGGAGCGGGAACAGUCGCAGUAUCUCUAGGGUGCACAUCGGCUUAAGCCUCGGCAAGCUCGUGCGAAGUAGUGGAUUCCAUUCUGGACCUACACUUUAAAUAAUCAUGCUUCUAAACCAUUCAAGGGCAUCCGACUUUGCUUUGUUUUUCUUCGCCUCUACUGUUGCAGCGUACGUCUUCAACUCGCUGAUAGGGUUUGGAUACUUUAAGGAAGUAUUGGGACAUUCCCCUGGGCCCUGCCGAGCAAUAAAUGUAAAUGGGUCAGAAGACGUGCAUGUGCUCUCAAGUGGUCUUGCACUUUUCUCAUCGGGCUUACGGUACACCGUCCAACUAACCAUCGAUCCUAGCAUUAAGCUCAGAAAGGGCAACCUUUACUUGCUAGACCUAAACGAGCCUAACAGUGCGCCUGUUAUCCUGACACUGAAGAACUUCAACCGAACAGACUUCAACCCUCACGGAAUCAGCAUCCAUGAGGACCGCCGGACGGACCGGAUUACUCUCUUUGUGAUCAACCAUAAAGUAGAUGCCCAAGCUGUGGAGAUAUUUAAUUUUGAUGAAAAGCAAAGGUGUUUGUAUCACCGUAAAACCGUGGUGGACGAAAGGAUCUACAGUCCUAACGAUAUACAAGCUGUAGGCCAUGACAGUUUCUACGUCACGAAUGACCACUAUUUCCACUUUACCCGGUCGGUUCUGCGCACGCUCGAAGUUGCUUUGCUUCACCUUUUCUUACGCAGUGACGUAGUGCUGUACGACGGGCUCAAGACACGUUCAGCGGCGUCUGGGUUAUUUGGACCAAACGGCGUAGCACUGGAUCGGAGUGGAAAGUUUCUCCUCGUGUCCGCGGGAUUCGCCAACGCUGUCAACGUGUAUAAAAGACACAAGGACAACUCGCUAAAACUUAUCCAGGAAAUUCCCAUUGGAACCCAUGCGGACAAUAUCAACCUUGAUAGAGACACAGGGUCGUUUUGGAUAGGGGGCGUCCCUAAGGGGCUCGAUUUUGUCAAGUACACCAAGGAUCUACGUCAUCCUGCCCCCUCACAGGUCCUUAAACUGCACCUGGGCCAGUUACGGCGCGGCCAUUUCCCUGGGUACGAGUUACGGGAGGUUUAUUUGAAUGAUGGAAGGGAGCAUCGGGGUAGCACUGCGGCUGCGCACUAUAGGGGGAGACUGCUGAUCGGUGGAAUAUUUGACAAACUGCUCAUGUGUGAAGUCAGGGCGUAUUAGAACAUGAUGAAUUGUGUGUCGCCGUAGGGUCUAAAUGUGAGCCUUUGGUUGCCACAACAGUUCAAAAAUUCAUAUGACAGAAGAAAGUGGAUAGGUGUUGACUUCGAUCUCAAACAAGUCGAUUCUAAAACAGGAUAGCGGAAAGGUUGGUGGAAAAGACAAGUGGGAACAGCGUUCCAAAAAUCUCAAAAAUAGUUGAGAGAUCCCCCUUCCACCGUUAAACCAUACUCAAUUAACGCUGAUGAAACAAGGUGAUAGGUCAAUACGGAUUCGGUGAUUAUCGAUAUAGAUUCGGCGAUAGUCGGCACAGACUUGGUUGGUGAUGCUCAUUUCAGUACCGAAGACAAAAAAAUAUUUUACAGUUGAAUACUGCGGUCGGGCGAAUGUCUUUGAAAUUAAUGGCUAAAUUUGUAACAGAUCGAUGAAGACUCGACUUUGCCGUUCGUGAUUUACUAGAACCCUAUGAUUCAUAUAGAAAUUAUAUUAUCACUGUGUACCUCUUCAAUAAGGUUGUAAGUACGAGUUCUCAAUCUCGGGCAGAACUGAAUCCCCCCUCGAGUAUAAACGAAUCACUCUUUAAUGGAAGAGAGGCUCGCGAAUACAGGGCCGUAGCAGGGGGUGGGGCACUGGGGGCACGUGCCCCCUCCAAUAUUUUUAAAAGUUAUAAGGAAAUAACUAGUAGGGGCGUGGCUGUGCCCCCAAUAUUUUUUUAAUGUUUAUGUAUUGUGCCCCUCUAAUAUUUGGAGGCCUGUGCAGUCUUCCUUAGAAGAAUCUUAACCUACAGGGGAAAUUAACUUGGUGCAACAACAUGUAAACAGCUCGUAAACAACAAGCAGUUGAGUCAAGCCUGCCAAAAAGUCAAGCAUUUUCCCGCCAAAAUUUUUAUAUAUGUGCUGUUUACGAGUUGUGUGCUUACCGGUUCUAUGGUGCUUAUUCAGCAAAGCUCAAAUUAUUUAUAUUAUAAUAAGUACAAUAUUGGGUAAAUUGGGAGAAAACCUGUAUUUAAAACAGAGAAGAUAAUCCGCAAAAGCGCCUGAGAAAUGGUUAGAGCCUUUAUCAGAGCAAAAGAGAGACAGGCUUCUUUCAUUCUGGUAUACGAUAUUUUUGUUAGAAUAUAACAUAGCUACACAGUACUAGUUUUGGAAUCGCCAACAGUCUAUAUCCUUAUAUCGCCUUAUACUUUAUAAAUAUGUUAUGCAUAACAGCAAAGGAUGUAAAUAAAUGUACUAUAUUUUUUGUUUA